ACACGUCAUGCCCCUCACAAACAUGGCCGCGUACAGGACCGUCGGUGUUGGACGAAAUUUGUCUGCACUUUUAACGAGAUCGUAUCCUGUAUGCAGUUACCAUGGAACGGGGCUCACCAGACCAGCCCUUCACAAAGUGGCUAGAAGUCCAAUUCCACAGCAAACAACCACUAUGUUUAUCAGAAACAUGUUUAUUCAGACCCAAGACACUCCAAACCCAAACAGCCUGAAGUUUCUUCCUGGUCGUGUGGUGCUUGAAACAGGAACUAUGGACUUCGCUGGACCUAGAGAUGCUUAUUGUUCACCUUUGGCAAGGCAGUUGUUCAGAAUAGAUGGAGUCAAAAGUGUCUUCUUCGGCCCCGACUUCAUAACCAUUACUAAGGCUAAUGGUGAAACAGAGUGGAAAGUGAUCAAGCCGGACGUCUUCGCCACCAUUAUGGACUUCUUCACCUCUGGGCUUCCUGUUGUCAAUGAGGCGGAUGCUCCACGUGCCGACACAGCUCCUUCUGAAGAUGAUGAUGAGGUGGUGGCCAUGAUUAAAGAACUACUGGACACACGCAUAAGGCCCACAGUGCAGGAGGACGGUGGUGACGUGUUGUAUCGAGGGUUUGAGGACGGUAUUGUAAAGCUGAAGCUGCAGGGCUCCUGCACCAGCUGUCCCAGCUCCAUCAUCACGCUGAAGAACGGCAUCCAGAACAUGCUGCAGUUCUACGUUCCCGAGGUGGAAGGAGUCGAGCAGGUGAAGGAAGAGGAUGUGGAUGUUGAAAAGGAAGUCCAGUGAUAUGACUUUCAGACAGAUGUCAUUCCUUUUCUUCAUAAUAAAUACCCAGCAUUCUUUUUUCCAUCAGUGUCCAAUAAUGUAGAAGGAGCUUUGUGUUUAGUAGAGACUACUCAGUUACACAGCUGUAAGUAAAAUGGACAAAUCUGUGUGUCCUCACACUCCUUUAAACAUAUAUUAGCUACAGACAUUUAUCGCAGCAAAUGUUUUUUAGCCUACAUUUUUGGAUAUACAGUGUUUGGUUGGUGCUUUAUCAGGUUUUGGGUUGGUGACCCAUAAUAUUUUAUAGAUUGUCAGUCAUUGCACUGGUUAAAACAAAAAUUUUCACAGAAUGUCAUGUAUUUGUGAAUAAGUUAUAUGCAAUAUGCAUUUUCCCAGAUGUGUGGAAAUAUUGUCAAAAGCAAUCUUUUUAAUGGAUUAUCGAAAAUCCUGAUUGCAUCAUGGGUCAUUCUACAAUUUUUUUUUUUUUAAUUAGAAUUAUUUAAUAGAGAUUUAAUUUGUAAGGUUGAUAAAUAAUGAAUCUUUUUUCCAUUUGAUAGGAUGUGCUAAAGAAAUAACAAAAUUGGAAAUAAUUUUCAUUCACCAUUGUCUAAAGAUGGUGUUAUACCUUGCAAGAUGAAUCUCCUGUAUUCCUCAUUUGUCGUUCAGAUAAAAGCAUCGGCUAAUUGAUUAAAUAUAACUGUAAAAAUAUGUUCAAAGAUAUUUUGAUUAGUGGCUAUUCAAAAUGGCCCUUCCAAAACUGCAAUAUUUAUUAUGGACUUGCACAAGAAAAUGUUACAGUAGAAACUGUUUGGUCUGUGGCUGACCUGUUAUAGAGGAUCAGACGUAUUAAUGAUAAAACAGGAAAUAUGAAUGACAAAUAAAUGUUCUGGCUUGUGAUUGGUCAGCACAGUGUUCUAGUUACUAUUAUGUGUGACCAGCUGUUCAACAAAUCAGUGCAUAGCUCCCACAGGGGAUUAAUAUUUUUGUUGCAUAGCAACAUUUUGAUAUGUCAGAAACUAUCCUCUAGAGGAGGGAUAACACUUAAUAAAUGUGCUUAUUAAAAUAAUCCUUAAACAGAAAA